AUGGCAAGCUACAACGUCCCUCACCGAGCAGUGCUCCAGGAUGGGCUCCGGCCUGGGUCUGUGAUCCGAGUUAGGGGGACGGUGCCAGCCAACGCAAGUCGCUUCCACGUGAACCUUCUGUGCUCCGAAGGCUCCGGGGCCGACACGGCCCUCCACUGCAAUCCCCGGAUGGACUCGGGAGAGAUGGUGUUCAACACCUACGAGAAGGGAGCGUGGGGGCCGGAGGAGCGCAGCCCCAAGCUCCCCUUCCAGCGGGGCCAGCCGUUCGACCUGCUCCUCAUCGCGGCCGAAGACUCCUUCAAGGCCGUGGAGGGAGACCACAUGUUCCAUCGAUUCUCACACCGGAUGCCUCUGAACCUGGUGCGGGUCCUGGAGGUCGGGGGCGACGUGCAGCUGCAGAACGUGGCCAUCCUCUGA